GCUCUAAAGUAUUGACAAUUCAAAAACUUCAUAAAUAAACUAUAUUUUCCGUAAUUAUAUUUUGAAUUAUUUGCUUAUCUACCGCGCUAUGUCUAACGCGAUUAAAUUUUGUCUCUCAACAUUCCUAGUUCAACUAAUGUCAUGCAGCGUAACAAGUGAUAAUUUCACAAAUCAAACGGAAAAUGUGAAUGAAACGGAAGAUGAGAUAUAUGACACCGAAAUAGAUGAUAGUUUCACAAAUCAAACGGAAUAUGAGAUAUCUGUCAACACAACAAGUGGUAAUUUCACAAAUCAAACGGAAUAUGUGACAUCUACAACAGAGCGCACUCUCCAGCUGGAGGAUACAACUCACUAUACCCGUUAUAUGGUUUCUUUGCGUUUCCGCACGGCCACGCGUUAUUUUGGUGAUAACCAUUAUUGUGCCGGCGUCAUUAUCGGCCUUCGAUGGAUCGUAACAGCAGCACAAUGCGUAGCCAACCAAGAGAAAGUUCCUGUGCCUCCGCGCUUAAUUAUAAUUGUGAGUGGCACUCCGAAUCGCAUAAAAAAGAGCCCAACCACACGUCUCAUGGCCGUCGACCAAGUAAUUUCGAAUCCGAAUUUCACUUUUCAUACUACCAACGAUAUCGCAUUACUUCAUUUAAAAGGAAAUAUUAUACUAAAUGCACACGUACAAAUUAUGCCACUACCCACAAAACCACCGCCGCAUGGUGCGCGUUGCAUUGUCCUCGGAUGGGGAAGACUUUACUUUGGCGGCCCGUAUGGUUCGAUAGCGUCGUAUCAGUACGUAAGACUCUACACGGAGGAGCAAUGUAAAACAGAUUAUCCGCAUUACAUGCCUGGUGAUUUGUGCGCUGGCAGUACCACAAAUUACGAUAGCAGUCCUUGCGCGGGUUCUGCGGGCGGUCCGCUUAUUUGUCAUAAAAAAUUAGUGGGCGUGAUUUCGUGGACUUUUGGCUGCAGUAAAUAUUCAUAUCCAGGUGUUUAUUCAGAUGUGUAUUAUAAUUUACGCUGGAUUAAAAUGAUGAUAUCAAGGGGCGCUCGUUGGUGGGCGUGCUCGGUUGUGUGUGAUCCGAUUAAUUUGUUGUUAGUAGAUCUGCUAAUAUGGCAUGUUUUGUAAGAAAUAAAUGUAGAGUGGCCCAUUGGG